AUGCCAAGACAUACUCGUAAGCUCUGGACACAUCAAUUACAUGCGCAGGAAGCGAGUAGUGUGGACGCUAGCACCAACUCCUCCGUUAGCACCGCCGCUCACGCCUCCGCCGACACGACCACCUACACCAGCGCUAGCGCCAACGCCGCCAGCAGCUCCGCCACCGACACCGGCUCCGGCACCAACACCUCCGUUGGCACCGCCGCUCACGCCUCCGCCGACACGACCACCUACACCAGCGCUAGCGCCAACGCCGCCAGCAGCUCCGCCACCGACACCGGCUCCGGCACCAACACCUCCGUUGGCACCGCCGCUCACGCCUCCGCCGACACGACCACCUACACCAGCGCUAGCGCCAACGCCGCCAGCAGCUCCGCCGCCGACACCGGCUCCGGCUCCAACACCUCCGUUGGCACCGCCGCUCACGCCUCCGCCGACACGACCACCUACACCAGCGCUAGCGCCAACGCCGCCAGCAGCUCCGCCGCCGACACCGGCUCCGGCUCCAACACCUCCGUUGGCACCGCCGCUCACGCCUCCGCCGACACGACCACCUACACCAGCGCUAGCGCCAACGCCGCCAGCAGCUCCGCCACCGACACCGGCUCCGGCACCAACACCGCCGUUGGCACCGCCGCUCACGCCUCCGCCGACUCCAGCGCUAGCACCAACUCCUCCGUUGGCACCGCCGCUCACGCCUCCGCCGACACGACCACCUACACCAGCGCUAGCACCAACGCCGCCAGCAGCUCCGCCGCCGACACCGGCUCCGGCUCCAACACCUCCGUUGGCACCGCCGCUCACGCCUCCGCCGACUCCAGCGCUAGCACCAACUCCUCCGUUGGCACCGCCGCUCACGCCUCCGCCGACACGACCACCUACACCAGCGCUAGCGCCAACGCCGCCAGCAGCUCCGCCGCCGACACCGGCUCCGGCUCCAACACCUCCGUUGGCACCGCCGCUCACGCCUCCGCCGACACGACCACCUACACCAGCGCUAGCGCCAACGCCGCCAGCAGCUCCGCCACCGACACCGGCUCCGGCUCCAACACCUCCGUUGGCACCGCCGCUCACGCCUCCGCCGACACGACCACCUACACCAGCGCUAGCGCCAACGCCGCCAGCAGCUCCGCCACCGACACCGGCUCCGGCACCAACACCUCCGUUGGCACCGCCGCUCACGCCUCCGCCGACACGACCACCUACACCAGCGCUAGCGCCAACGCCGCCAGCAGCUCCGCCACCGACACCGGCUCCGGCACCAACACCUCCGUUGGCACCGCCGCUCACGCCUCCGCCGACACGACCACCUACACCAGCGCUAGCGCCAACGCCGCCAGCAGCUCCGCCGCCGACACCGGCGCCGGCACCAACACCUCCGUUGGCACCGCCGCUCACGCCUCCGCCGACACGACCACCUACACCAGCGCUAGCGCCAACGCCGCCAGCAGCUCCGCCGCCGACACCGGCUCCGGCACCAACACCUCCGUUGGCACCGCCGCUCACGCCUCCGCCGACACGACCACCUACACCAGCGCUAGCGCCAACGCCGCCAGCAGCUCCGCCACCGACACCGGCUCCGGCACCAACACCUCCGUUGGCACCGCCGCUCACGCCUCCGCCGACACGACCACCUACACCAGCGCUAGCGCCAACGCCGCCAGCAGCUCCGCCGCCGACACCGGCGCCGGCACCAACACCUCCGUUGGCACCGCCGCUCACGCCUCCGCCGACACGACCACCUACACCAGCGCUAGCGCCAACGCCGCCAGCAGCUCCGCCGCCGACACCGGCUCCGGCACCAACACCUCCGUUGGCACCGCCGCUCACGCCUCCGCCGACACGACCACCUACACCAGCGCUAGCGCCAACGCCGCCAGCAGCUCCGCCACCGACACCGGCUCCGGCACCAACACCUCCGUUGGCACCGCCGCUCACGCCUCCGCCGACACGACCACCUACACCAGCGCUAGCGCCAACGCCGCCAGCAGCUCCGCCGCCGACACCGGCUCCGGCACCAACACCUCCGUUGGCACCGCCGCUCACGCCUCCGCCGACACGACCACCUACACCAGCGCUAGCGCCAACGCCGCCAGCAGCUCCGCCGCCGACACCGGCUCCGGCUCCAACACCUCCGUUGGCACCGCCGCUCACGCCUCCGCCGACACGACCGCCUACACCAGCGCUAGCGCCAACGCCGCCAGCAGCUCCGCCACCGACACCGGCUCCGGCACCAACACCUCCGUUGGCACCGCCGCUCACGCCUCCGCCGACACGACCACCUACACCAGCGCUAGCGCCAACGCCGCCAGCAGCUCCGCCGCCGACACCGGCUCCGGCACCAACACCUCCGUUGGCACCGCCGCUCACGCCUCCGCCGACACGACCACCUACACCAGCGCUAGCGCCAACGCCGCCAGCAGCUCCGCCGCCGACACCGGCUCCGGCUCCAACACCUCCGUUGGCACCGCCGCUCACGCCUCCGCCGACACGACCACCUACACCAGCGCUAGCGCCAACGCCGCCAGCAGCUCCGCCACCGACACCGGCUCCGGCACCAACACCGCCGUUGGCACCGCCGCUCACGCCUCCGCCGACACGACCACCUACACCAGCGCUAGCGCCAACGCCGCCAGCAGCUCCGCCACCGACACCGGCUCCGGCACCAACACCUCCGUUGGCACCGCCGCUCACGCCUCCGCCGACACGACCACCUACACCAGCGCUAGCACCAACGCCGCCAGCAGCUCCGCCACCGACACCGGCUCCGGCACCAACUCCUCCGUUAGCACCGCCGCUCACGCCUCCGCCGACACGACCACCUACACCAGCGCUAGCGCCAACGCCGCCAGCAGCUCCGCCACCGACACCGGCUCCGGCACCAACACCUCCGUUGGCACCGCCGCUCACGCCUCCGCCGACUCCAGCGCUAGCACCAACUCCUCCGUUGGCACCGCCGCUCACGCCUCCGCCGACACGACCACCUACACCAGCGCUAGCGCCAACGCCGCCAGCAGCUCCGCCACCGACACCGGCUCCGGCACCAACACCUCCGUUGGCACCGCCGCUCACGCCUCCGCCGACACGACCACCUACACCAGCGCUAGCGCCAACGCCGCCAGCAGCUCCGCCGCCGACACCGGCUCCGGCACCAACACCUCCGUUGGCACCGCCGCUCACGCCUCCGCCGACACGACCACCUACACCAGCGCUAGCGCCAACGCCGCCAGCAGCUCCGCCGCCGACACCGGCUCCGGCACCAACACCUCCGUUGGCACCGCCGCUCACGCCUCCGCCGACAUGACCACCUACACCAGCGCUAGCGCCAACGCCGCCAGCAGCUCCGCCACCGACACCGGCUCCGGCACCAACACCUCCGUUGGCACCGCCGCUCACGCCUCCGCCGACACGACCACCUACACCAGCGCUAGCGCCAACGCCGCCAGCAGCUCCGCCGCCGACACCGGCUCCGGCUCCAACACCUCCGUUGGCACCGCCGCUCACGCCUCCGCCGACACGACCACCUACACCAGCGCUAGCGCCAACGCCGCCAGCAGCUCCGCCACCGACACCGGCUCCGGCACCAACACCGCCGUUGGCACCGCCGCUCACGCCUCCGCCGACUCCAGCGCUAGCACCAGCUCCUCCGUUGGCACCGCCGCUCACGCCUCCGCCGACUCCAGCGCUAGCACCAGCUCCUCCGUUGGCACCGCCGCUCACGCCUCCGCCGACACGACCACCUACACCAGCGCUAGCGCCAACGCCGCCAGCAGCUCCGCCGCCGACACCGGCUCCGGCUCCAACUCCUCCGUUAGCACCGCCGCUCACGCCUCCGCCGACACGACCACCUACACCAGCGCUAGCGCCAACGCCGCCAGCAGCUCCGCCACCGACACCGGCUCCGGCUCCAACACCUCCGUUGGCACCGCCGCUCACGCCUCCGCCGACACGACCACCUACACCAGCGCUAGCGCCAACGCCGCCAGCAGCUCCGCCGCCGACACCGGCUCCGGCUCCAACACCUCCGUUGGCACCGCCGCUCACGCCUCCGCCGACACGACCACCUACACCAGCGCUAGCGCCAACGCCGCCAGCAGCUCCGCCACCGACACCGGCUCCGGCACCAACACCUCCGUUGGCACCGCCGCUCACGCCUCCGCCGACUCCAGCGCUAGCACCAGCUCCUCCGUUGGCACCGGCGCUCACGCCUCCGCCGACACGACCACCUACACCAGCGCUAGCGCCAACGCCGCCAGCAGCUCCGCCGCCGACACCGGCUCCGGCUCCAACUCCUCCGUUAGAACCGCCGCUCACGCCUCCGCCGACACGACCACCUACACCAGCGCUAGCGCCAACGCCGCCAGCAGCUCCGCCACCGACACCGGCUCCGGCACCAACUCCUCCGUUAGAACCGCCGCUCACGCCUCCGCCGACACGACCACCUACACCAGCGCUAGCGCCAACGCCGCCAGCAGCUCCGCCACCGACACCGGCUCCGGCACCAACACCUCCGUUGGCACCGCCGCUCACGCCUCCGCCGACUCCAGCGCUAGCACCAGCUCCUCCGUUGGCACCGCCGCUCACGCCUCCGCCGACACGACCACCUACACCAGCGCUAGCGCCAACGCCGCCAGCAGCUCCGCCGCCGACACCGGCUCCGGCUCCAACUCCUCCGUUAGCACCGCCGCUCACGCCUCCGCCGACACGACCACCUACACCAGCGCUAGCGCCAACGCCGCCAGCAGCUCCGCCACCGACACCGGCUCCGGCACCAACACCUCCGUUGGCACCGCCGCUCACGCCUCCGCCGACUCCAGCGCUAGCACCAGCUCCUCCGUUGGCACCGCCGCUCACGCCUCCGCCGACUCCAGCGCUAGCACCAGCUCCUCCGUUGGCACCGCCGCUCACGCCUCCGCCGACACGACCACCUACACCAGCGCUAGCGCCAACGCCGCCAGCAGCUCCGCCGCCGACACCGGCUCCGGCUCCAACACCUCCGUUGGCACCGCCGCUCACGCCUCCGCCGACACGACCACCUACACCAGCGCUAGCGCCAACGCCGCCAGCAGCUCCGCCGCCGACACCGGCUCCGGCACCAACACCUCCGUUGGCACCGCCGCUCACGCCUCCGCCGACUCCAGCGCUAGCACCAACCCCUCCGUGGGCAGCUCCUCCGACUGCUCCAUUUGCACCGCCACCAGUGGAGCAGAUCCAGCUGCAGCCUCGACUUGGCCUGGGGUGCUGCUGUCCUUCUUGGACUUGUCGGCAUCCUCGUCCGACGGCUUCGAUGGGCUUGGUGUCGCUUUCACUCCCUCUGAGUUUGUCGUCGGGGCCGGGGUGGGGCACGGAGUCGGAGCUGGCGUUUCAGCCGCCGAUGGUGCGUCUGGCGCAAUUGGGCCAGCGGUCGUUGGUGCAGGGGUCACAACGGGCGUCGCAGGAGCGGGGGUCGCACUGGUGAAGGCGUCGUCACCGGAGACGCCCGAUGGCGGGGCGUGCUGGUUGAUGUUGCCGGCAUCGGCAAGCGAUCCCAUGGCAGCCGCAAUGAUGGCGAGGUGA